AUGAGUCGUCUUGGUGGAGACUCCUGUCGUCGAGCUGGUGCCCAUCGUGGCUGUUCCAGAAGGCAUCCUGCUUGCCUCGGCGAAAGUUGGCGCAGUGACGAGUUCACACUCCAUAACGCGACGUCGAAGACCACAACUGCGCCUGCCUAUCAUGACACCUCCAGACGAUUGGUAUGUAACGUCUGCCCUAGUAGGUCCCGUACAGGUGUUUCGAUAUCCAGAGCGGUGAUUCGAGGCGAUGCUACGUUGACAAGGAUAGACUCGAGGACUGCCCUGAGCAUGUGUGUUCCACAAGGGCAAGGGGAACGUUGCCCUGAUGCCGCGAUCCUCACCGACAAUCAGGCAGCCACCUUCCCCUACCUGAAACUGAAGGCUGAUUUCUAA